AUGAUCACAUCACCGCCUAGGUUUCAUAUGCCAGUGGUCCUUUGGUCAAGGCUACGCGUUCUGACCCUAUCCCCACACGAGAAGGAAGAAAUGGCUUGUUUGCAACCUAUCCUCAAUGCAGCUUCUAAUACCCUGGAGGAAUUGUAUCUCACUAGCUUACAUGUGGGUGAAUCUCAACAACUCUCACUUGCUGGACUUUUGAACCUCAAAGAUCUUUCACGCCUGCGCGUAUUUGCGCUUUACGCCAUUAUCAAAUGCAAUGAAAAAGAGUCCGGUGCUCUCUGCGAUAUCAAUAUCGUCCUCAGUAAGAUAUCUGCAUCCAAUCAAAUCACGAACCUCUCAUUCGACCUUGACAUCUCCGGCAAGCACCCUUUUGGUGGCUGUCUUGAGCAAGAUUGGGUCGGAUUAUGUGACGAAAUCAUACGAAUUUCUGCAGGGAAGCCACUUGAGUUGGAGCUGCAGACAACGGUGUCUUUGGAGGGCUUUCAGUCCCCAGACGUUGGAGAUGGCGCAAUAUACAGCCACAUCGCAGAGACGACAGCUUCCCUUACAGACUUUCCAAAGAUUUGUGCCCACUUUUGGAACCCAACUUGUUGGUCUGGUCGGCUUGCUCCAUUCCCUCGCAGCCAAGUGUGCAGUAGAUGUAGACGGUAA